GAAAAUGAAAUUGAUUCUAAAAAUAGAUAACGGAAAUGCCAGCGUACUUCUAAAUGUCAAUAAUGGCGUGUCGAAAUUCACUGCUCGCUGCUUGUUUAAUUGGAUAUAUAUGUUCUAUAACUACCACACGCAUUACAUUCAAUGAUGAGUCAUCAAUUUAUUCACAACUAAAUUGGACAUGUCCAGCUGAUAAGCCAUUUAUGAUUAAAACCGGAAAUCGGUCUAUUUGUGUUUCAUCAUGUGGACCUACAAUGGUCGCAGAUGGUAAAAACUGUAUAAAAGUUGAAGAUUGUAACAAACCUGUGCUGUCGGAUGGAUACUGCAUGGAAAUGUGUGACGAAGGCUAUUUGUAUGUAACGUUUGACCAAAACCUUUGCCAGGACUGUGGGACCGAAUAUUGUUCAUAUGGAGUGAAAAAUAUUGCGCAGACAUUGUGUGUAAAGAAGUCAUCUCUAAUUUUGACAUUAGUAUGCUAUGUUAUUGGAACAAUUCUAUAUAUCGCCUUUCUGCUGAUAUUCUUCUCAACGUGGCAAUUCCCAUGCAUUAAAUUGAUAAUGUGGAUCAAAUCAAGGAAUCAGCUACAAAAGACUUCGUCACGUGACAUGUUGUGUAAUGAUUACGUCACAGAUGACUGAUUUCGUGUAAAUUAAAUCGUACAGACACGUUAUGCCAACGUCUCAUGUUCUUUGUAAUAUCAGAUUAAAGUGCACCGACAGCGGUAUACAU